ACUGGAGUGGGACUGUCACGUGACCUCGGGGUGCCAAUGUUCUUCCAGAAGGGUGUCAGGACCCUGGUAGUCGGCGAAAAAAGUUUUGGGAAAUCCAGAGAUGCAGAAAACGACAUACUACGACAACUCAACUCUUUUUGGAGGAUACACCUAUCAGUCAACCAAUGGUUUUGGUUAUGAUACGCCUCAACAAACAUUCCAAGCUUCUUCUCAUAUUGACAGUGACUACCAGAGGUCUGCAUGCUCGCUCCAGUCUCUUGGCAAUACGGUCCCUAAUGUAAAACCUAAAGACCUCAUUGGAAGCUGCAUGCGUGCAAGUUUACCCCCCGAGCAUCAUCAACCCCCACCUGUUUCACCGCCCCCCAAUCCUCCAAGUAACUCCACCAGCAGCAAUACCCAGCCAGGGAGUAGCAAAGCUGCUUCCUCAAAGUCAAGUAUCAACUCAAACACCAGCUUAACUAAACAGAUUUUUCCAUGGAUGAAAGAAUCAAGACAAAACUCCAAACAAAAAAACACUUCCCCAACUGCAGCAGCAGAGAGCUGUACUGGUGACAAAAGCCCCCCGGGUUCUUCUGCCUCCAAAAGAGCGCGCACAGCCUACACCAGCGCGCAGCUGGUUGAAUUAGAAAAGGAGUUUCACUUCAAUCGGUAUCUUUGUCGACCAAGAAGGGUAGAGAUGGCCAAUUUACUUAACCUCAGUGAACGGCAGAUAAAAAUCUGGUUCCAGAACCGCAGAAUGAAGUACAAGAAGGAUCAAAAAUCGAAAGGUAUGGGCUCUUCCUCUGGCGGACCAUCCCCAACAGGCAGCCCACCUCUCCCUGUACAGACAUCUGCUGGAUUUAUGAACUCGAUGCAUACAAUGACUAGCAACUACGACACCCCGUCUCCACCAUCAUUUAAUAAGCCCCACCAGAAUGCUUAUGCCAUGACAACCAGUUACCAAAAUCCCAUGAAGAGUUGUCCAGUUCAGCAAAAAUAUGCCAGUACACCAUCUGAUUAUGAUCCACAUGUUCUACAGGGUAAUGGCAGUAGCUAUGGUCCUCCUAGUAUGCCGAGUAGCCCUGUAUACGUGGGCGGUAGCUAUGUGGAUUCUUUACCCCCAUCUGGAUCGUCUCUUUAUGGUCUGAAUCAUAUGUCGCAUCACCAGUCUGCAGGCAUGGACUACACUGGGCCACACCAGAUGCCACCCAGCCAGCACCACGGACCAUGUGACCCCCAUCCAACCUAUACAGACCUUUCAGCUCACCAUCCGUCUCAGGGUAGAAUACAAGAAGCACCUAAACUGACACAUCUGUAGCGUGUUGACAAAACAUAACUUCGUUGCUGCAAUUAGGUUAGGGUUUCCAUUCAAAAACACUUGUGCUGAAUAUUGCCCCACCCCACACACACAAAUAAUGCCAACUAAAAGUAGAGAGUUUUUUUUAUCUUUUUUAGGCACCAGAACACAAUGUUUAUUAAUGCAGAGUUCAAGUAUUCUUCACUGAAAUAUUGUUAACUACGGAUUAUAGAUUAAAAGGAAAUACAGAAGCAUAGCAAGUGAAUUUUAUACAAAAGAAGGUAACGGCACUUCAUCACAAGUGAUUUAUUGGGACCAUUUCCUGAAACUCUCAUUACAAGAACUAUAUUUUACAAAAAAAUGGGGUUGUAGAUGAUCUGAAAGUCAUAGAAAUGUGUACAAUAUUGCUGUCAGAAAAAUAUAAGGAAAUAAUUUUGAUGUAUGUACAUUUUUAUCAAAGCAGAUUUACUGAAAAGAAAAAUGUUCAUAUUGAUGCCUGCUAAUAAAUUCUCAUUUUUA